AGACCCCUGGGCUCAAUGGCGACGAGCUACAGUGUGAAGCCUGAAGUGUACAGUAGGCCCCACUGUGUUCCCGGGGGUGCCCCCAAAACCCGGAGGCCAGACAACACUGCCUUCAAACAGCAACGGCUUCCCGCCUGGCAGCCCAUCCUUACCGCAGGCACCGUGAUGCCUUUCUUUUUCCUCGUUGGCCUCCUCUUUACCGCCAUUGGCAUUGGCAUCUUAAUCACUUCCAACAGCAUCCAAGAGAUUGAGGUUGAUUACACUGGAACUGAGCUUUCCAGUCCCUGCAAUAAGUGUCUGUCUCCAUUUGUGGCACCUUGCAUUUGUACCAUUAACUUCACCCUGGAAGAAGCAUUCAAGGGCAGUGUGUAUAUGUACUAUGGACUGUCUAAUUUCUAUCAAAAUCAUCGUCAUUAUGUGAAAUCUCGAGAUGACAGCCAACUAAGUGGGGAUACUAGGGCUUUGCUUAACCCCAGUAGUGAAUGUGAGCCUUAUCGAAGAGAUGAAGACAAACCGAUUGCUCCUUGUGGAGCAAUCGCCAACAGUUUAUUUAAUGAUACAUUAGAGCUGUAUCAGAUCACCAAUGAAUCUGACCCUACUCCAGUACCUAUUCCUUUGAAAAAGAAAGGUAUUGCUUGGUGGACAGAUAAAAAUGUGAAAUUUAGAAAUCCUCCUGGAGAAGGAAGCCUGGAAGAACGAUUUAAAGGCACAACAAAGCCACUAAACUGGCGUAAACCAGUGUAUAUGCUGGAUUCUGAAGAUGAUGAUAAUGGAUUCAUCAACGAGGAUUUGAUUGUUUGGAUGCGCACUGCAGCAUUGCCUACUUUUCGUAAAUUGUAUCGUGUUAUAGAACAGAAAAAUGAUUUAGAGCCAACUUUACCAGCUGGGCGAUACUAUUUGAAUGUCACGUAUAAUUACCCUGUACAUUCUUUCGAUGGACGAAAAAGGAUGAUCUUGAGUACCAUUUCAUGGAUGGGAGGAAAAAACCCAUUUUUGGCAAUUGCUUACAUCACCACUGGAUCCAUCUCCUUUCUUCUGGGAGUUGUAAUGUUAGUAAUUAAUCAUAAAUAUCAAAGUGAUGGUAACAUUGGCGUUACUCUUUAGUUUUAUAUUCUGAGAACAAACCUGUUUUUAUGUGUA